AUGGGAUCUACUUAUUUUGUUUAUGUAAUCCAUGAAUUGUCUUUACAUCAAAUUGAAUUAAUGAUUCGGAGAAUCAUUAUUAUCUGCCGCGUCUUGAGGUUCUCGACUCGCCUCCGCAUCUUCAAGGAGGUGAGAAUGGACGGUCGAGAUUCAUCGAUUGCUUACACCCACAAGCCCUUUUCCCGUCUCCUAACAAAUGAUCGCAUGGCUCCUUUAUUUCUAUUCAUGAGUAGUCCCGAGAUGAUUUUCUCGAAGUUGAGCUUAGCCAAGGCUGUUACGCUCAAUUCAAAUGCUUUUGAGGUGACGCACGGCAUAGAUAUUUGGAAGUAUUCCGCGGCCAAUCCGUCGUUCAAUGAGUUGUUCGCCAAGAGUAUGGCGCCCUUAGAUAGCGCCCACGUAUCGUUGGUGCUCGAAAACUACCCCGCCGUGUUUGAAGGGAUUAGUUGUCUUGUGGAUGUCGGGGGUGGUAAUGGAACGGUGCUCCGUAUAUUGGUGAAGGCGUGCCCGUGGAUAGUCCGAGCCAUUAACUUCGAUCUUCCUCAUGUGGUGAGCUUAUCGGGCGGAGGCGAUGAUGCCGUGUCGAGCAAGUUGGGGGCGACAUGUUUUCCGAAAUUCCAAGUGGCGACGCUAUGUUGGUUAUGGUACAUUAGUCUAAUCGAAUAUUUUUCUAAAUUGAUCGUACAACAAUUGAACAUGGCGUACGAAGAAGAAGAACAAGCAAAGGACUAUGUCCAAAAAUGCAUCUUCAAGGCGUUCGAAUUGUACAUGAUGAGAUGUGCCAUCAACCUAGGAAUUCCCAACAUGGUCGAAAACCACCCCGUCGGCGCCGUGACGCUGCCGGAGCUCUCAUCAGCGUUGGAUUGCAAGCCAUCAUUGCUCCACCGUGUCAUGAGGUACUUGACUCACCACGGCAUCUUCAAAGAGGUGAAAACAGGCGAUCAAGAAGAUUCUCCGGUUGGUUACUCCCAAACGGCCGUUUCCUGCGCUCUCUUAAAAGACAACUUUGCCCCUAUUAUUCUACUUGAAAGUAGCCCGGAGUCGGUUGCCUCCUUCUUGCGACUCGACGCAUUCUUGACAUCAAAGAAUAGCGACAUCAGCGCUUUCGAAGCAGCCAACGGUGCGGAUGUAUGGAAGUAUAAUGCGGCCAAUCGCUCUUUUAGCGAGUUGUUAAACGAGGGGAUGGCGUGCGUGGCAAAGUUCACAGUAUCAAACGUAAUCGAGGAUUGCGCCGACGUAUUUGAGGGGAUCAACACGUUGGUCGACGUUGGUGGUGGCAACGGCACGACAUUGCGCGCCAUUGUAAAGGCAUGCCCGUGGAUCACUCGAGCCGUCAAUUUCGAUCUUCCACACAACGUCUCGUCCUUUUCAUCCAACUGCGAAGAUCGGAUCGAGCACGUAGGUGGCGACAUGUUUGUGUCUAUUCCGAGCGCGGACGCUACUUUUUUAAUGUCAGUAUUGCACGAUUGGGACGAUGAAUCCUGUGUGAAGAUCUUGAAGAAUUGUGGGGAGGCAAUUCCAAAGGGGAGCGGGAAAGUGAUAAUUGUGGAUAUUGUGGUCGAUGAUGAUAAGGAUGUCAACGAUACCGACAACCUUAAUAAGAAAAACCGCAGAGAUUAUCAUAUGGCUUUGGACAUAGUAUUGAUGACACAUACGAGCAAAGGAAAAGAGAGGACAUGGAAAGAAUGGACCAAAGUUCUAACAUCAGCUGGAUUCACUCGUCACACCAUUAAACACUUAGCGGCUGCACCUCAAUCUGUCAUCGUUGCAUAUCCCUCGACAUCGAUUUAAUGAAAAUUUCAAAUGAA